AUGCGCACAUAUAUAUUUUUGAAUGUAUUUUUCUUGUUUCUCUCUCCAGGUGUGUACAGAGAACUGUGUCUGCAGGUGAUCCAACACAAGUACGAGUGUGAGCUGCAGGGAGCUCGACAACAUCUGGAGAGUGAGAGGACGUUGUUGUUUGACGCCAUGAAGACAGAACUGCUGGACAAGAUCAGACGACUGGAGGAGGACAGACAGAGUGUAGACCUCACCUCAGAGUGGUGGAGUGAUGAGGUGAAGGGGAAGAAGUGUAAGAGGAGGAGUCUUUCCCGGCCAGAGAGGAAGAAGAAGGCUGCCCUAGUGUCUGGCCCAUUCAUCGUCUACAUGUUGAGAGACAUUGAUAUCCUGGAAGACUGGGCAGCUAUCAAGAAGGCUAAAGCAGCACUGACGCUGCUAAAGAAGAAAACAGACAAGCGGUGAUAACAGAGGAGUGUGUCUCAGAUGUCUAGAUGAACCAAAGUCUCUGAGCUGCAGAAGAGAACUUACAACAACAGAACAGUCUUGAGCGCAGCCCAGUCUGAGACUACUAUUUAAUACAAAGCACUUCAGUAGGGUCUUGUUCAGUAGGGCAUACUGGAACAAAACAUUUUGCAACAGAAAAUGUAAAUCUGUCUUCUUAUUAGACAUGUUCAGGAGAGUACCUCCCUGUUUCAAACCGUUUUGUCCCUACUGAACACAGCCCAUACUAUGAAUACAAAACAGCAGAUUGAUCACCUUUAGGGUCUGAUUCCUCUAUCACACUAUGGUCCAGUUAUCUCUAGGUUCUGAUUCAUCUAUCACACUAUGGUCCAGUUAUCUUUAGGUUCUGAUUCAUCUAUCACACUAUGGUCCAGUUAUCUUUAGGUUCUGAUUCUGUGCUAAGCGAUUAACCAAAAUGUUGGUUUCUAAACAACUAAUCGACCAACGUCGGUUAAAUUAUUAGAAUUCCAUUUCGUUCAUUUUUUCCCCCCCCUGUGAGCUCAAUGUGCAGUUUCUCUAGAGAUAAAUCAGAUCAAGCCCAAAGUGUGCGAUGUAGUACGGAGUUGUAGUUUCUUACAGGCUACAUGGUAAUUAACUACAAUGACCAUAAUCCAUUGCGAACCUACUUGUCCAGUCUGGAGAGAGAGAGGAGGGAGAGAGCGAUACAGAGCAGCUGCUUCGAGAUAUCUCUACCUAAAAAGAAAAUACAUGAUCUAAGUGAUUGAUAGUUGGUAUUCAGCAGUCAUAAAAGUAUACCCUUAUUUACUUUG